UUUAAAUUAAUUGACAACUAACCACUUUUUUUAAAGAAUGGAAAAUAGAACAAAUUUUCUGGAUGAAAAAUCUCCACGUAUUUAAUAUUUCACAGCUGUUAAAACUUAAUUUUAAAAGAAAUCGAGAAAAUGUGGGAAGCAGGAGCAAGAUACAAUAAAUAAAAGCCUUCUCUUCAUUCAAAAAUUGAAACAUUUCCUAGUUUUAUAAGAUCAAAAUAUGUCUGGAAUUUACGGAUACAGCCGCGAGGCUGUGAGGGUUAAAGUUAAGUUGCAGAAACACGAGGGAGCAAUUCAGCCAGAAUUUAGAAAGUUUAGUGUUGACCCGCAAAUCACAUCAUUUGAGGUUUUGCAAAGUAUCUUAGGUAAGGCUUUCGAUAUCAAAGGAGAGUUCGCAAUAAGUUAUAAAUUAAACGAUGUUCACGGAAAUGAAUUCUAUAUGCCACUGCUGUCCGACUGGGAAUUAGAUGCCGCAUUUUUAAAAGCUUACAAUUUAUCAUUAGGUAGUAGUUCGGAACCCUGCUUAUGUCUUAAAGUUGAUCUGAAACCCUUCGAAGAGAGCUCCGAUGAUUGGGAACUUCGAAAUAACGUCCAUGUCAUUACGCAAAUACGUAUGGGUACAGCUCAAGAGGCGAAGCCUCCCGCUCCACGUCUACACGGUAUUAUUAAUCAGGUUGGCAAAACUUUAAAUAUGGUGCAGAGGGCCUUUAAUUUUGGCGAUGACAGUGGUACUUCAUUGCAACCGCCUCGUCCUCCACUCUCAGACUCUGAGUUCCGCAAUUAUUUAGAUCCUGUCGGACAGAUAACACACGCAAAGGAGUUGAGAUCUGUUAUUUAUUUUGGAGGAAUUGAUUCUAGUUUAAGAAAAGUGGUCUGGAAACAUAUCUUAAAUGUUUACCCAGAUGGUAUGAGUGGUCGUGAACGUAUGGAUUACAUUAGAAGAAAAGCAUCUGAGUAUAUUGCAUUGCGAGAUACAUGGAAAGCUGCAGUUGCGAGGGGUCCCGUUGUGGGGGAGUUGGCGUACACAACUGGGAUGGUGAAGAAAGAUGUACUGCGAACUGAUAGACAUCACAAGUUCUAUGCAGGUAGUGAUGAUAAUCAAAACAUUGCGUCAUUAUUUAACAUACUAACCACGUACGCAUUAAAUCAUCCUAAGGUUAGUUACUGUCAGGGAAUGAGUGACCUUGCUUCGCCUUUAUUGGUUACUAUGGGCGAUGAAGCGCACGCGUAUAUUUGUUUUUGUGCCCUUAUGUCGAGAUUGAGUACUAAUUUUAUGUUGGACGGUAUCGCCAUGACGCAAAAGUUCACUCAUCUAGCGGAAGGGUUGAUGUAUUAUGAUCCAGAGUUUUAUAAUUACUUAAAGAGUCACCAGGCUGACGAUCUUUUGUUCUGUUACCGGUGGUUGCUGUUGGAAAUGAAACGUGAAUUCGCUUUUGAAGAUUCUUUAAGAAUGCUCGAGGUACUUUGGAGUUCGCUUCCGGCCGAUCCACCAGAUGUGGAACUGAAAUUGUUCGAUACGAAAUUUCAACCACCCAUAUCAACUCCUCCCAUUAGUCCUCUCGUUAAAACUCCGCGUGAGAGCGCUUAUACGAAGGUGUGCGCAUUGAGAAGGCAAAGUUCUUCUAUAUCAUUAGUAAAUUAUUCCGCCAAAAAGCCUUCAGUUAUAAAACGACAAAACCACAGCCUAGACGAAAAUGUAGGUAGAUUAAAAAAUGUUAUAUCGGAUAAUAAGAAGAAGCACCAGAGUUUGGACGACGCGACAAUACAACAAAAACCUAGCAGAAUGAUUAGCGAGCAACACAAACAUAGUCCAAUACUCAAGUCUCCAAGAUCCCCUAAAAACGAUCUUCGACCUAGGUCGAUAUCGCCGCAUGAAUCAAAAUCGGAUUCCGUUGUCUUAAAUAACCACAUUAACUCCCAUAAAAACGCAUUCAAAUUACGCAGUUCCAGCCUUUCGUCUAGCAUGACGAACUUAAUCAAAAACUCAAAGAGAGGGGGACAUUUUAAAGACUUAAAAGAAAAAAUCACAGCGGGCAAGGUCGGUAUUUUUUCGUCAUUAGACAGAUUGGACAUGACAAACUCGAUCAAGGAAGAGAUCGAAACAAAAGAGCAAAACGCGAAACUGGUGAGAAAUUUUAACGAGUUCAUGCACUUUGCGAGCAUAAAUAAAAACAAAAUAUCCGAUAAGUUGAUCAAAUUGGGGGCGUCGACCGAAAGCGGUAUGGACAAGCCGAAAAUCUACCUGACCAAGUCGAGCUUCGACGAUUCGGAAUCGUCGAGCGUCGAUCAUACAUCGACCACUGAAAAAAUUAGGCAAUAUUCUUCGACUUCCAAUAGCUGUGAUGAUACGUUCGAUGAUUGCAGUCCGGAUGACUCGCAGGAGUACUUCCCGUUAACGACGUCGGUAACGAAAGAGUUGAGGAUGGAAAUGGAAAAUUUAGAUAGGCAAGUUUUUGGCGGUAACAUUCAGGAUUGUCUUUUGGAAUCGGAUUCUUCGUGUAGUGAAGCCAGUAGCAAAAUAAAUAUCACAUCCCUAUCUAGAAGUUCGUGUGAUGGUCAUGGAACAGACACAGCAGUUGGCAACGCCGAAACUUCUCCAAUACUAGAAUUAAAUCUUCAACGUAGUGAUAGUAAAUUAUAUAAUAGUUUAACAAAGCGCAUUAGUAAAACAGACAAUGUGUUUCUGUGGGAAAAUCCAUUGCACAAAAGCAGUCCUAAUAUAAGCAUAAAAAACAUUCCUACGCCAGAUGAGCAGUUAGAUAUAGACUACGACAAAGAAGUUGGAGAGGCUCAAAUAGUUCCAAACAAGUCUGCUAAUACUAGCGCUCCAACAGGAGUAAGUGAGAAUACUAUCACGAAAGAGGAGCCUCCAAUAGCUCUUACGAAUUCAUGUGAAGAAGUUACUGAAAAGUCAUCGAGCAUGUUACCUCCCCCUAAUGAAUUUGGCGGCGGCAAUCCAUUCCUUAUGUUUUUGUGUAUCACUGUACUAUUGCAACAUAGGAGCCAAAUUAUCUCGCAGGCCAUGGAUUAUAAUGAAAUGGCAAUGCAUUUCGAUAAAAUGGUAAGAAAGCAUAAUGUAAAUAAAGUACUUAAUCAAGCGAGACAAAUGUACGCCGGCUAUAUUAAGCAACACACAAUGGCUCAACAAAAGAUUAUUUCUUGAAAUACUUAACAAUACUUCACAAUUCUCAUGUGAAGUGCACUAAUUUUAUUUUCUGUGAUAUUCUACUAAGUGUAGUUAAAAGAUCUUUGUCAAGAAUGAGUAUUUGCAUGCACAAUUUCAUAAAUCACCAAAAUCAUUUUCUUUCUAUUGCGAGUUGUUAAUGCUGGUGAGUGUACCACAAAUUUAAAUGAUCUAUUCUCUGCUCUGUCUUCAUUACUGAACUUUUGCAAGGGUGAACAUGUUUUAAUAAUGUUUGUUGCUUCAACUACAUUUUGUGGGCCAUAAUUCUAGUAAGCUGGUUACAAAACGUGUCCACCUUUAUUAUUGAAUAGGGACCACUGGUACAUCAAUGUAGGCACCAUUGCCCUCAACUAGAAUAUACUUGAAAUUGUAAAAUUAGCCGAGCUUGUAUUAAAAAAACAAGAUUUCCAAAAACUUGACUUAGUGUUAGGGUAUGUGUGGCAGUCCAAAUGGAAGACUUUCAAACAAUAAUCAGCAUAGAAAAAACACACAAAUAGAAAUCCAACAGGGAUAAGUUUUGGUGUUCUGAGAAAGCAGGGACGAUAUCUCAGUUAUGAGCUGAAUUAGAUUUUAUACCGGAAAUAACACUUGCGGAGUUCACCACCGCAGGGCGCUGUGCGCAUCCUGGUAAAAUUUCCAUAUAAAAUGUACGAUCCGACGUCGGACUUCUACUUGUGUGGUUAUUCCAUGUCAGAAGUCUAAAGCAAUAAUUGAUAGAUGGAAGUAAAAAUGUUCACCCUGUACAAAAGUGUUUUAAAACAUUUUCCAUAACACCCUCGACAUGUUUUAAUGAAUAUAAAAUUUAGGUUACAAUGUGCCUAAUAAUAUAGACAAAUAUCAUUUUGAAGAACAUUUCAAUUUACAAAAUAAUCUUAAUAAUGUAUUUUGUCUAAAAACUCCUAUAUUUAAUACAGAACGUAAGUUGAAUGUUGCUUCUCAGUGAGAAUGUUCUAUUUGUGUUAAUGUGGGGGUGUCGUUAACGUAAAUUAAGGGCUGUCUGUAGUUAACUAAGUACUGCAAAUCGCAUUUAAUUUUAAAAAGUUGUUUGGUUAUGUUAAGUGUAAAGUGAGAAACUUCUGGUGGGUAUUCCAUUUUGUUACUAUUUAUUGUAUUGCUGAACUUGUAUAGUUAUAGAAAAUAAAUUUUCAGAUUAUA